AUGCCGAAAUCAUGGUCAUUAGGUCGAUCAUCCUCCCAAAAAUUACAACCUGGAAAAGAAGAAGAACAACAACAUGUGAAAAGGCCUGGCUUCAAAAUCUCUCGUCCUAGACCUUCUUCGAUGGUAAGUGUAGAGUUUCCAUCUUCACCUACGAUCUCGCAUGAUGGAGAAUGGGAGAAGAAUGAGCAUUCCCGUCAAAUGAAUGGAAGUGGUCCAAAUUCCCUCUAUGAGCAUGAGCAACAUUCAGGAUCAGCUUUAAAUCUCUUGAGUGUUACACAGCAAAGAGAUCAAGCACUUCGAGAACGAAAAGAUUCGGCAGCCUCUUCCACUUCAUUGGAAUCAGGUACAAACGGAGAUUCAGCUUCAUCAAAGCACACCAAUCCACCAACACCAUCUCGAAGACAUAUCUCAACCGCUACACUUCCAAGUCUUAUGAAAUCACCUUCGAGAUCGUCAGCUCUUUCAUCUACUUCAACAGACACAACCUACAUUUCAGCAUCACCCCGACCAGCUGGAAAAGCGAAGAAGCAAGAAGGCAGCUCGAUCAAGUCGCAAGAUUUUGCAAAUGGACAAAAGAGUGAAAUUAGCCGAAGCACAAAGAGAACAUUGAAAGAUGUGACAAAUCAAAGCAGUGCUAAUCACCCGGAGGAGGUCAAACAGACCAGCAGAAAGGACCAACAAACGAAGUCAAAAAGCAAGACUGCACACCCUUCAACUACUGCGAUGGAUUCGCUCUACCAGCUAAGAGGAAACCAGACAAAAAACGGAGGCCGAAGCAGUAUCGAUAAAAGUCUAGGCAGCACUCAGCAUGCCUCCUUAGUGGUCACUUCGCCUACAUUGAGCCAAGGUGAAAAUGAAGUGCAACCGAUCUCAAGGCCAGACAAACAUGAAUAUCCGUACGUUGUACGCUCAAGAAAAAGCUCUAGAACAGGCAAGAAGAGCCUGAUAGACACCUACCCGUCUCGAUAUCGAUCCCGCUCAAAAGAUGCAUCUGCAAAACAAUCAACAGCAUUGGCUCGGUAUGAGCUAAUGUAUAAUUCCGGCAGCUACCUGCAUCUUUCACUCUCACAAAAACAAGCAUUGGAAUCAUCACGUCAAUACCAAUAUGGCCUUCUAGGUGUUCCCAUUCCAACCCACUUCGCAACUGAUCGUUUGACGGCAUGGGCUGUUGAACGAGCGUCACGAAUCGCUUCUUCAUUUAUUUAUCUCUUUGGAUCUUGA